AUGGCUGUUCUUGAUCUGGAAAAAGAAGUUGUUGACACAUCCCCAACAAACAAAUUCAACACGAAGUACAUCCCUCAAGAGGUCUUAGGCACUGGUGCGAGCAGUACAGUUCGUCGGUGCAUAUCAAAAGAUACAAAGGAGGAAUUCGCCGUCAAAAUUUUAGAUCUGAACAGCGGUGUGGAAACCAUUGAAGUUUUGCGUGCAGAGUGUAUGCGUGAAGUUUCCAUCCUGCGCAAGGUUGCUGGUCAUCCCAAUAUAAUAAAGCUGCAAGAUGUUUUCGAAGAGGACGCGUACGUGUUCCUGGUUUUCGAACUCUGCAAGGGUGGGGAGCUUUUUGAUUACCUCACAAAAAUGAUCACCCUUUCAGAGAAGCGAACCCGUAUGAUUAUGCGACAAAUGCUAGAUGCUGUUAAUUUCAUACACUCAAAAGGAGUUGUCCAUCGUGAUCUUAAGCCUGAAAAUAUUUUAAUGGACUCAGAAAUGAACAUUAAAAUAUCUGAUUUCGGCCUAGCUGUUUACGCUACUGACGUUGACGAACUGCAAGAAACUCGAGGUACACCUGGUUAUCUUGCUCCCGAGGUUCUCCGUUGUGGGUAUUACGAUGGUCAAGCUCCCUAUGGGCAGCCUGUUGAUGUGUGGGCCUGUGGCGUUAUCAUGUACACGCUUCUUGUUGGAUUUCCACCGUUUUGGAAUCGAAAAGAGUAUCUUAUGCUACGACAGAUUAUGCAGGGCAAGUAUUCUUUUCGCAGUCCCGAGUGGGAUGAAAUCAGUGACACAGCCAAGGAUCUUGUAUGUUUUUGUCAUUCAUUGUGUUCCUCAUUACCACAAGCUAGUUUUUGCAACUGCUAUCUAGGUGCACUUGUUUUUAUGCAUGCGUUUGGUUUCUUUCUACAUAAGUCAAUCGGGACAUGA